AUGGGGACCCGUGCCCUUCCGCUCCCUUGCCAAUUCGAGCUCCUCCUCGGCGAAGACCGCAACCGGUGGCCGCCGGAUGCCAGGUUCAUCGAGGCUGCCCACCUCGGCGACGUCCGCGGCAUCAAGGAGAUUGCAAAGGAGCUGGACGUGCACGGGCACGGGAUCCCGGUGACGGUGGCCAGCACGAGCUACAUGGGCAUGAACGCGCUCCACGCCGCUGGCGGCCGCGGCAGGCUGCCCGCGUACCAGUACCUCGUCGAGGAGGUCAAGAUGGACAUCAACAAGCCCGACACCCCCCAGGAUUAUUCACCCGUGGAGCAUGCCGUUACCUAUGGCAACCUUCCUGCCGUCAGGUACCUUCUUGAUCAUGGCGCCGAUGUGCAUCAACAACGUUCAGGAAACAUCAGUCUUCUUCAUUCAGCUGCAGCUCAUGGGCACUCUGAAAUAGUAAAGUAUCUUCUCUCUAGAGGAGUGGAUAUUGAUGCACAAUCAAUUAUUGGGACACCACUCUCUUUUGCUGCUCAGAAAGGACAUGCUACAGUUGUGAAGAUACUUUUGCAGCACAAUGCAGAUCCCAACAAGGGUACUCGUAUUAUUGGACCUUUAGACAUGGCGUUACACAAAUCUAAUGUGUCUUGUGUGAAGCUAUUGAUUCAGGGUAGAGCUAAUGUGAGUGGUGCUGGUCCUUGUUAUAAUCCCUUGGUAACGGCUGCAGAGAAGGGCUUAACUGAAGCUAUCAAGUGCUUGUUGGAAGCUGGUGCAAAUCCAAAUGUUCUUGACCAGUUUGGUAGAUUGCCAAUAGAGUUGGCUGCUGAGUAUGGUACACGGGAAGACGUUGAGAUGCUCUUUCCUUUCACCUUGCCAAUUUCAACUGUGACAAAUUGGAGCGUUGACGGAAUCAUUAGUCAUGUGAAGAUGGAAAUCAAGCAGCUUGAGGAUGACAAUUUUGUCAAAACAAGGCUGUCUGAUCUGAAACAACAAGGGGAUGAAGCAUUUAAGAAGCAGGAUUAUCUGAAUGCAUCAGUGUUCUACACACAGGCUCUGAAGAUGGAUAACUUUGACGCAAAGUUGUUAUCAAACAGGAGUCUUUGCUGGCUUCCCAUGGGUAAUGGGGAAAGGGCUUUUGGUGAUGCACACGAAUGCAUAGCGCUUUGCCCGAAGUGGGCAAAGGCACACUAUCGGCUAGGCGCAGCUUUUAUGUUUAUGAAGGAUUAUAAUGGUGCCUAUCAGUCUCUCUCGCGCGCUUUAGAGCUGGACCCUGAAAGUGAGGAGGUCGAGAAACUAUUCUGGGAGGCAAUGAAACUAAUGAGUUAG